AUGGAUACCAUCUUAGUCUUCAGCCUAAUGAUUGCGUCCUAUGAUUCCAACAAGAAUGACCUCAGAAAGAGCAGCUGCCAAGUGGAACAGCUGCCCAGCUUCUUCUCAGAGGAUGUGAGGAGCAACAAGGAUUUGGUAAUAAGAGUUCCUCUAGAAAUUCACACAGAUAUCAAGGGGACCCCAUUCAUCCGAAAUCAGACUAUAGCUACCCUGUGGUGCCUUGGCUCUGGGAGGAGAGUGACAGUCCACCUCGUGUAUUCAGAGAGAAGGCCAAAGGUCAAGUACAUUCUGAAGAACCCACCAGUCAUUACUGAGCUUCCUAGAAACAGCACUGCUUCCCCAAGCUGUCACCUCAGGCCCACCUCCCAGUUUCAGAAUGGAUCCCUUCUAACAGCUUUUUUACCAGGAAUCUCGCAAUGCACGGUCUACCCAGCGAAGGACAGCUCUGCUUCAUCAGAGAUGGUGCCCCCCACUACUCCUAGAAGUAAAGGAGAGGAAGCCACAAGCACUGGGGUAUUUCCCAUCCCUUUAACAAAAGACAUAGGCAUGUCCUUAAAGAGGAGGCGGAAAUGGAGUCUUGUAGUCAAAGCUCUGAUUGCUGCUACUCUGCUGCUCAGUGGGGCUGCUAUUAUAGUGUUUGUUAUCUUUGAAGUCCCUUGCCCGAGUCAAUGCCUACGAGUCAGGCAGCUGUGCCAAUGCCAAUGGUUAUGGAGGAGGGAAAGGAAGGAAGAAGACCAGCAACCUGGGACAACUGAGUCCCAGUUGGACUCUCAGCCUGAGAAGGUGAGACACGAUGUUCCUAACUCUUCAGACUCAAAGAAAACGGCAGGCAUCACUGUAAUCCACCAGACAUACUUCUGAACUCUGCUUCACCCGACUCUGAACACAAGCGCUGUCUUCUAUACCCGUGUAUUAUUGCGAAUCAAUACGGGAUGAUGCUGGAAGCUCUCACACUCACAUCUUCACGGGGACAUUAUAAUCAAACGGAAUGCCAGGACAGUAAAGGAAGAGCCUGGGCUGAGCAUAGCUACCUUCAUGUGCUGCAACUGACACAGCCAUAUGCCUCCGUGAUUCUCUUGGCACAUUCAUAAAUGGGUUAUCUUUCCCUCCCAGCAAAUGAAGGUAAAGUCCCUGCCUCCAAGUGUUACGGAUGGACCUUGCUGCUUUCUCGGAUGAGAGACGAACACAGCUUCCCAAGGCCUGGAGCUGACAGAGCGGCUCCUGCAUCCCAGCUCCUCUCGGCCUCCCAGCUUUCCUCAUGCUCAUUGGCUGUCAUCCACCUUCCACUAGGGCACCUCCACUCCCGGGGCUUCUAAGUUAGGAUUUAGCUUCUGUUGCUACACAUAGUAAUCAACAACCUGGUAAAGGGAACUCAGCCGUAGGCAUCUGAAGGCCCUUCUUAACAAGUCAUUCCUAAAGGGUUUCAGAACAGCAGAAAUAUAGCUUCCAAUGAAAAUCUGAAGGUUCAGAACUCCUAAAGUA